GAAAGUGCAGUGAAAAUGUUUCGACUAUUACCAGCAGCAGCAGCAGCAGAUGAAGCAGCAACAACAAUAACAACAACGACUACAACAAUGCCAACCACAACAAUUAAAAAAAUGAAUACUUUACCAAAAAGUGUUAACAUUAAAAUCAACAGCAACAAAACUCUACAAUUCUGGCACUGGCAUCAGCAACAACAACAACACCACCACCACCAUCGCCACCACCAGCAGCAGCAACUUCAUCCUCUCAUUUUGAUUAUUUGUAUAAUACUGGCUCUUUGCCAGCAUGUUCAUACUGCAGCAGUUACCGAUUCUCCAAUAAAAAUCAUAAAAUUGCCUGCACAGGCUCCGGUAAUACGUUAUAGUCGCAUUGAGCUGCAACCCGAAGAAAAAUUACCAGCAGCAAAUGAGUCAUUCAUAACAACAACAGAAGGUGCUGGCUUGAUGCAGCAAACAGAUGCGGAUUUUCAAAAUGACGAUCCUUUGGGUUUGCUCAAUUUGAGUGGAGCAAUAAAUUCGUUAAUACCACGCCAGAAUCGUGGUAGCAACAGUAACUGUCCAAGAUCCUGUCCGCCUAGUAUGACAGUGGGUGCUGAGCCAGUGUGUGGUUCGGAUGGUUUGAUUUAUGCCAAUUUAUGUGAUAUGAAAAAGAAAACUUGUUCCAGAAAUGGUGCCAUAAAGGAUGUUAGUAAUGGUUGUGAAAGAGCUCGUGGUUCAGAUUGUAAACAUCGUUGUCCCAGUGAAAAGGAUCCUAUAUGUGGUACAGAUGGUCGAACUUAUUUAAAUAGAUGCAUGUUACGUGUACAAGCUUGUCGUGUUGGCAUGGCUGCGGUAAAGAUGGCCCAUGUAGGACCCUGCAGUAAUACAAGCGCCAUACGUGAAUCUUGUCCCGUGGACUGUAACAGUGCGCCCAAAGAUGGUCCUAUUUGUGCUUCAGAUGGCAAUGUCUACAACUCCACCUGCGAAAUGAAAUUGUUGACCUGCGGCCAAGGUGUGGUGAAAACCAGCCGAAAGCACUGUCAGUCAACUAGAAUGUGUCGUGAAUCAUGCUGGCGCGUGGCUCGUCCCACCUGUGGUUCAGACGGCCGACUUUAUGCUAGUCCCUGUAAAAUGCGUUCCUCCAACUGUGGCAAACAUGUGUUUGAAGUGCCGCUGUCUUUCUGUAUGCCUCAAGAACGCAAUGGAAAUCAAGUGGAGAACUGUCCCACCGAAUGUCCCAAAACAGAUAGUUCGGCUUAUGUGUGUGGCAGCGAUGGUAAUAUUUACUCUUCGUUGUGUGAAUUGAAAAUGCUAAACUGUGGGCCACAGCGCAAGUCAAUACAAAAAAUGGGCAUGGAUAAAUGUAAAUCCCGUCUAUCCAGAUGUAAACAACUGCCUCCCUGUAAAGAUUUUAAUAAUCUGUUUGGUUCGAUAUUCUCCUCCAAGAAAAGUGAUAAAUUAUGUGGCACCGAUGCCAAGACCUAUAAUAAUGAAUGUGAAUUGGCUCAUGCCACAUGUUUAAGAGGUGUUAAUUUGGCGCACAUUGGACCCUGCACUGAUUUAAAAUCACCGCCCAAGGAUUGUGGUGAACGUUGCAACAAACAAGAUAUCGAAGGAGGACCAGUGUGUGGCUCAGACGGCAAUACUUAUGCCUCUAAUUGUGAAUUUAAACGUAGAACCUGUCAUUUAAGAGUUGUUCAAGUAUCCCUGAAAAACUGCCUUUUAACAGCUGACUGCGAAACCGAUUGCGAUGCCCAACCACCGAAUUUCGUGUGCGGUUCGGAUAAUAAAUUCUAUAAAUCAGAAUGUCAUAUGCGUAAGGAAAAUUGUGGCAAACAUGUUUUCGUUGUGCCCCUGAAAAGAUGUCUGAGUAAUGUGCAAUUUAAGGGAUGUGCCAAAAUAUGUCCACCCGACUUUGAACCAGUCUGUGGUACCGACAACAUGACUUAUUCGAAUGAGUGCUUUUUGGAUAUGGAAAACUGUCAUAGUAACAACACAAUAGCGAUACUACAUUAUGGUGCUUGCGGUCGACCAGAAGCACCUUCAACGAAUUUCUUGUAUUAAUUGAAUAUAAACAAAAACAAAACAAAAAUCAUAUUUCCAUAUUGUUGUUGUCCAGUUGUCAAAUUAAAAAAUUGAAGAACAUACUACAAUAUAUUUAAUUGCUAAACGAACGAUUGAUUAUUUUUUUACAUACAUACAUACAUACAUAUUUAAUAUAUUUAUGAAAUUAUUUAUUUAUUUGCUUAGUUAAUAAUAAUUGUUAUACGAUAAGACAUUUUUUAUAUCUAACUUUAUAAUAUAAAUUUAAUGAAAUUAAAAACGGAAUAAAUAAAUUUGUGUGAUUAUAAGUUAA